CGGGUGCAGCCGGCCACCUGCUGCAGCGCGCGCCGGGCAGCGAGGUUCACCAGCGCAGGACCGUCCGGGGCGGAGGGCGGCGGCGCGCGGCUGAGCCGAGUUCCCAGCGCCCGGCCCGCGCCUCGGGCUUCCGCCGGGUCAGCUGACCGCCCAGUGCGGAACUGCGCUCCCAGCUGCCGCUGCCCGCCCGAGCCCAGUGCCGCGCGCCCUCCGGGUCCUGGCCAGCAUGGCUGGGCUCGUGGUCAGUGGAACCCAAGUGUCCUACAUAGGCCAAGACUGCAGAGAAAUUCCAGAACACCUUGGCAGGGACUGUGGACAUUUUGCAAAGAGGCUGGAUCUGAGCUUCAACCUUCUGAGGUCACUGGAAGGACUGAGCGCAUUCAGGAGCCUGGAGGAACUCAUCUUGGACAACAAUCUGCUUGGGGACGACCUGGUGUUGCCAGGGUUACCCCAGCUCCACACCUUAACCCUCAACAAGAACCGAAUCACUGAUUUGGAGUGUCUGCUCGAUCACCUGGCAGAAGUGACACCAGCUCUGGAGUACCUCAGCCUGCUGGGUAACGUGGCGUGUCCCAAUGAACUGGUCAGCUUGGAAAAGGAUGAGGAAGACUACAAGAGAUACAGAUGCUUUGUUCUGCACAAGCUGCCGAACUUGAAGUUUCUGGAUGCCCGGAAAGUAACCAGACAAGAACGAGAAGAGGCGCUGGUCAGAGGGGCCUUCAUGAAGGUGGUGAAACCCAAGGCUUCCAGUGGGGACCUUGCUGCCUCUGCCUUUCCUGAGGAACACCACUACACACCCCUGCCUUCUGCUUCCAGAGAACUCACCAGUCACAGAGGAGUCCUGGGGAAGUGUCGCUAUGUUUACUACGGGAAAAACUCAGAGGGCAACAGGUUUAUCCGAGAUGACCAGCUCUGAAGCCAAGUUCUGUAUGCCUUAGCCUAGUUCACGAAAAUAAAAAGGGAAAGCAACAAUAAAGAGCUAAAGAGAAAACAAUGGCCCA